AUGGCUCAAGCAAAUAGAAAUCCACCCGUCGUUAAUAAUGAUGAUGAUGCUGAGGCUGAUGAUUUUUUCGGCGGUCGGUCAUCUCAAUAUAAGCAAAUUAAAGAGGAAAAACAACAAGCUACAGAUCAUUGCGCAAUUGAACACGACAAACUCAAAGAGAAAAAACAAAUAUUGACUGAAGAAAAAAAACAAAUCGAACAACAAAGUGAUAAUAUAUUGAGUGCGAGUGCCAAACUAUUUGGUCAACUAGAACAACAGGCCGACAAGAUGACAAAAAUAGAAGAGGAAAAAACAGAUUUGUAUUUGAGACAAUUAGACAAAAACAAAACCAUUACUCUCGAAGAGGCUAGUAUCAAAGAUUGUCGAGCAAAGAUACCCGAACUAGAACGUGAAUUAAAUGGAUACACAAAAGUAGUUGGUGAACUCAACGCAGAGCAACAAGAACUACAAAGACAAUUGUCAGAAAUUCGUGAUAAAGAAACUGAGAAUGCUAAUGCACAAAAUUAUCUUCAAUUGUCACAACGUGAACUAAGAAAACAGAUCGAAUUAAUUGCAAAAGAGCUUCUUGAAAAUGAAGAACUCUUGAGUAUCGAAAUCGCUCGUCGUGAUGAAUACGAAAAAAAAAUUGAAGAAUUACGUCGAGAAAUUGAACGACAUGAAGAAGAAAUCAAAGCCAUCGAUAAAGAAAUUGAACAAUUAAACGAACAACAACGUAUUUUGGAACGAGAAAAGAAAAAUUUGGAAAAACAAAUUCAACAAUUAAAUGCAACUAUUGCCAAAUUACAAGCUAUUCUUAAAGAUAAAUUGGAAAAAGUUGCACGUCUUGAAGAAGAAAUUCGAAAAAAUGAAGAGAAAAUCAAAGAAUUAACAAAAGAACUUGAUGAAUUACGAGAACAAAUGCGAGAGGUUAAUGAAAAAUUGGAAAAAAUAAAACAAGAUUUAGUCAAUGCUGAAGCCCGAUUUACACAACUCGAGGAACAACGCAAAGAACUUGAAAAUGAACAACGACGCCUCGAAAAAGAACUUCAAAAUCUCGAAGAUGAACGUGUCAAACAAACGAAUUCAUUAAAUAGACUUCAACAAAAGUUACUGAAUAUCGAAGAAUUAUUUCAUCGUGCCGAUACAAAUGUUAAGCAACUUGAACAACAAAAGCAACAACAAUCGACCGACGUUGAACGAUUAGAAGGUGAACGUGAUCGUCUCGAUAAAGAGGUUAGCCAACGAACUGAAGAAUGUAAUGAUUUACGUGAGAGAAAAGAAGCCGCUGUACAAGAUCGACAAACUGCUGAAACUGAGCAUAAAGAAGCUGAAAGAACAUUGACUCAAUUAAAAAAGCUCGAGCGUGAACACAGCAACCAAUAUGAUAAAGCGAUACAUGAAGAGCAACGAUUACAAGCACAAUUGAGUCAGGCUCAAAUUGAAGAAAUACAAGCUGCUCUACAAAAAUCUGCUGCCGAAGCUCGAGUAAGAAGUUUAGAACCUCUUGAGAUGCUUUUGAGCGGAAUAGCAUCAUCAGGAAUUCCGCUCAUAUCGGGUAUGGCUCAAACCAAACAGCAAGAAUUGAAUAGAGCUCGUGCAGAUCUAGACCGAGCACGCGAAAAACAUGAAAGUAAAAAGUCAAAGACAAGUGAACUCCGUGAUAGACAUAAGGCUGCUAAACAUAAUGUUGCCGAGUGUUUAAAGCAGCAUAGUGAUACGAAGAAAGAACUUGCUGCUCAAAAAGUUGUUGCUCAACAAAAGUCAGCAACAUUCACUCGAUGUAAAACUAAUGCUGAACAAUUGAUUGAACAACAUCGAAAUGCUAUGAAACGACAAAAACAAUCAGAAAUUGAUAUGCGCAUGGUGAAUAAUAAACUACAGCGAGUGCAAACAGAACUUAGUACGACUAUAAAUGAUUUGCAACGUUCUCAACAAGAGAGAACUACAUAUGAUAAUCAAAGAAACGAUUUGAAAUCAAAUGUGGAAGAUUUGAAACUGGAAAUUGAGAGACAUCAAAGGGUUAUUAAUGAACAUAAUGAAGUUAUGAAAGAAAAUCAUAGAGUAUUAUUGAAAGCAACAGACGAAUGUCAACAACAGAAAAUUGUUGUACAAAAACUCAAAGGUGAACGUGAUAGAACUCAACGAUCGUAUGAUGAUAUGAUCAAUACUGAAAAAGCCAAAACUCGUGAAGUGACCCAUCUCCAAACCUUAAUUGAAGCCGAAGGAAGAAAAGCUGAAGAGUUGCAAGCCGAAAUAGAUGUUAAGAAAACAGAACUCGAGAAUCUUAAUGAAAAAUUCCGACUGACCAAUGAAGAAUUAACACAAGUUAUUGGAAAUGGCAAAACAUUAACCGAACGAAAGGAUACUUUGAAGAAAAAUCUUCAUGAGAUGCGUACACAAUUAUCUAAUGUGGAACGUGAACAUAAGGAGGCACGUGCGAAGAUUCAAUUACAAGAUGAAAAAGUUCAAAAUCUUCGUCAGAGAAUCGAUUUGUUAAAUGCACGUGAUGUCAAGUUAUCUGAUGAUGUGCAACAUAUCGAAGGUAAACUACAAAAUAAGACACAACAAAUUGAAAAUAACAACAAAUUGAUGGAUAAUAUCAAAGAAAAAGUAAGUAAAGUACAGAAAGGACAAGAAAAUGCACAAAAAAUAGUUCAAAUAGCAAAAGAAGAAUUAUCAUCAAUACAAACCGACAUCGAAAAAUUAGAUACACAAAUCAUUAAAAAUGAACAAGAAUUUCUUGAAAUGCGUGAAAAAUUUCGUCAAUCAAAUGAAACAUUUGCCGAAAAUGAACAAAUUAGAAAAAUCAAUCAUGAAAAACUCGAAAAACUUGAAACAUCAAUAACCAAGCUCAAAAAAUAUCAUUGUGACUUACAGGAACGCUACCAAAAAGAAAUCGGCAAUCUCAUCGAAGAGAAAAUUGUGAACAAGAAACAAAAAACUGUUUCUGUUGUUGUUGAACAAGUUCGGCGAAAAAAUUGA